AUGACCUUUCAUUUUAUGAGAUUCCGGUUUGCCAUAUAUGUGAAAAGCCAAUCCGGUGCCGCUGAGUGGAAAGCUGGGGAUAAGGCGAGCAACUCCAGGGUUCAAUCAGAGGGGACCACCACCAUCCAACGUACUCGUGCCUGCAUCGUCCAUCCAAAAGAUAGUGGACUGCCUCCCUCCAGUUUGACGCCUGGUAGCAUUCUCCUUUUCGAUCUCUUCAGCUCAACACAGCUACCUCGUCCACCUCCACACAGCUCAAUGGCUGCCCUCGCCUCCUCCCUCAGCUCCGUUGCUGCCGCAGCACCCCUGAAGGUGGCUGUCAGCAGCAAGGUCUCCACCUCCCGUGCUGUGAGGUUGACCGUCCGUGCCGAGGAGAAGGCCGCUGCCGCUGCUCCGAUCGGCCCCAAGCGCGGUGCCACCGUGAAGGUCCUCAGGCCCGAGUCGUACUGGUUCAAUGACACCGGCAAGGUCGUCUCCGUUGACCAGAGCGGCAUCCGCUACCCCGUUGUCGUGAGAUUCGAGAAGGUGAACUACGCCGGCGUGUCCACAAACAACUUCGCUGUGGACGAGGUCGUUGAGCUCUAA